CAGUGCAAAUAAAGCGAUAUAGCGGGUCGUGGACAGCGGUCUAAAACUUCUUAUUCUGACAUGUUUGAGCAAUGUCUUUCGUGUCAUUAUAAUCCUGGGACCGGGAUCCCAGCAAAGAAAUAGGGUCUUUGCUGGAAGUAGAGAAACAAGCGCUCAUUUCGGGGUGUGGAAAACCGGACGGCGCAUUCACAGCAGACUCGGAACAAUUCAACAAAGUUAGCCUUUUCCAAAAGUAACAGUGGAAGAGUGAAAGUUACAAUAUGAGCUUGUUGUCUGCCAUAGACACCAGUACCUCAGUGUACCAGCCUGCACAGCUUCUCAACUGGGUUUACCUUUCUUUACAAGACACACAUCAGACGAGUGCCUUCGAUGCCUUCCGACCUGAGCCCAACUCUUCCCACCCGGACCUGAACCACAGCAAAACUCCUGCCAAUGAUCUGAGUUCCUCUCUCAACUCCAACUAUCUCAACAAUUUCUUUCAGAUGCAGAGGAACGAGGCCCUGAAUAAUGGUUUAUACAAAAGUGUGUCUCCAUAUGGCUCACUUAACAACAUAGUGGAUGGCCUGAAUUCUCUAACGGACCACUUCUCUGACCUCUCCCUGUCCUCUGAGCCACGCAAGCCUAGCAAGAGACCUCCACCAAACUACCUGUGCCAUCUCUGCUUCAACAAGGGACACUAUAUCAAAGAUUGCCCUCAGGCCAGACCCAAAGGUGAAGGACUGACUCCAUACCAAGGGAAGAAGAGGUGUUUUGGUGAAUACAAGUGCCCUAAAUGCAAGAGGAAGUGGAUGAGUGGGAACUCCUGGGCCAACAUGGGACAAGAAUGCAUCAAAUGCCAUAUCAAUGUGUAUCCUCAUAAACAGCGUCCUUUAGAGAAACCCGAUGGCCUGGACGUUUCUGACCAGAGCAAAGAGCACCCGCAACAUCUGUGUGAGAAGUGUAAAGUCUUGGGCUACUACUGCCGCCGUGUGCAAUAAGGAGGGUUCCCUGAAGUCCCCGUUGUCUCCUUACU